UCACAAGAUACAAGUUGGAAGUUCGAAGCAAAUCUAAGAAUCAAGACGCAAACACAACUCUAGGUUUAGGGCUAGGGUUUACUGCAAAGUUCCGAAUAAUUGAUUUUAGAGAAGAUAUGAGUAGCGAUCAUGCGAAAUCCUCACCUCGACGAGGUUCUGACGAUCGAAGCUCUCGUUCGACGUAUAAGUCACGAGAGCUAGACCGUGAAAUGCCGAGGACUAGAGAACGUGAUUAUCACCGAGAAAGGGAUAGGGGAGAUGACCGUGAUGGUCACCAUAGGAAUGACAGAGAUAGAAGCAACAGAGAUGAUAGAGAUAGAAACAGCAGAGAUGAACGACGAAGAGAUUAUGGUGGGCGCGAUUAUGGAAGGUCUCAUGAUAGGGAUAGAAGACAUAGAGGUAGAUCACGUUCUCCCUCACCAUCUCGUUCGAGGAGCAAGCGAACUAGUGGCUUUGAUAUGGCGCCACCUACAGGCAGCUCAGUUUCGAGUGUUUCAGCUCAAAGUUUACAAGAUCAAUUACCAGGGGUGCCGCAGCCAGUGACAGGACAUGCACAUAGUAUGUUUACUGGAGGGCCAAGUCAGUUGGGACAUCUCUCUUUGAUGCCAGCACAAUUUAUGACUCAACAGGCUACUAGGCAUGCUCGCCGAGUCUAUGUUGGUGGGCUUCCUCCUUCGGCCAAUGAGCAGACAAUUGCUACAUUCUUCAGCCAAAUUAUGACAACAGUUGGUGGAAAUGCUGCUGGUCCUGGAGAUGCAGUUGUCAAUGUGUACAUCAAUCAUGAAAAAAAAUUUGCUUUUGUAGAAAUGAGGUCUGUUGAAGAAGCAUCUAAUGCAAUGGCCUUGGAUGGAAUUUCUUUCGAGGGGGUUUCCGUGAGGGUGAAGAGACCCACGGAUUAUAAUCCAGCAUUAGCUGCAGCUCUUGGCCCAAGCCUACCAAAUCCCAGUUUAAAUCUAGCUGCUGUCGGCCUUGUUCCCGGUGCUGUUUCUGGGACAGAAGGUCCUGACCGUAUUUUUGUUGGUGGAAUACCUUACUAUUUUAAUGAAGAGCAGAUGCGAGAGCUGCUGCAAUCAUUUGGACCAUUGAAGGCAUUUGACCUUGUGAAGGAUAGAGACACUGGGAAUUCCAAAGGCUAUGGUUUUUGUGUUUAUCAGGAUCCAUCAGUGACUGAUAUUGCCUGUGAUGCCCUCAAUGGCUUGAAAAUGGGCGAUAAAACUUUAACUGUUAGAAGAGCUGCCGUCAGCAAUGGCCAGGCAAAAUUAGAGCAUGAAAAUCUUUUGGCUCAUGCGCAACAACAUGUAGCUAUGCAGAAAAUGGCUUUAGAUGCUAGUGGUUUCAAUCUUCUUGGAGCUACGAUACCGACUAUGGAAACUACAGAAAUCCCUACUAAAAUUCUUUGCUUGAAUCAGGUGGUAACUGUUGAUGAACUGAGAAAUGAUAAUGAAUACGAAGAAAUCUUAGAAGAUAUGAGGGAGGAAUGCGGAAAAUUUGGAUCCUUGUUGAGUGUUGUUAUUCCGCGACCCAAUAUGGAGGGGAACCUGGUUCCUGGUGUUGGGAAGGUAUUCCUGGAGUAUGUUGAUACAGCUGCCUGUUCUGCUGCCAAAAAGAUGCUUGGGGGCCGGAAAUUCGGGGGAAAUACUGUCACUGCUGAUUACUAUCCAGAAGACAAAUUCUAUGAUGCUGAUUACAACGGGUAAAACCGUGAAAGGUGCGAAAUUGUUAGCUUGUAAAAUUGGAUGUAUAGGCACAUUGCUAUUAUUUUUCAUGUUUACCCUUAUUUCUUUUGCACUUUUACAGUUUUAAGGAUUUGAUAAUAUAUUUCGACUGAGAAUAUAUUCA